UCCUGCCAAAGCUUUUUGAAUAAAGCCACUGACCCAAGUACUCCCGAGGAGAACUGGGAAUGCAUCCAGCGGUUCUGUGACCAGGUGAACGCGGGUACUGAAGGCCCAUCGCUCGCGCCGAGGCUGCUGGCACACAAAAUACAGUCCCCGCAGGAGACGGAAGCUCUCCACGCUCUCACAGUGCUGGAGACCUGUGUGAAUAACUGCGGUGAAGGAUUUCACCACGAAAUAGCGAAGUUCAGGUUUCUGAAUGAGCUGAUUAAAGUGCUUUCCCCGAAGUACUAUGGAACCUGGUCUUCAGAAAAAGUCAAGUCGAGAGUCACAGAAGUAAUAUUCAGUUGGACAGUCUGGUUUCCUCAGGAAGUUAAAAUCCGGGAUGUGUAUCAGAUGCUGAAGAAACAAGGGAUUGUAAAAGAAGACCCCAAAGUGCCAGAAGACAAAAUUUUACCUCCCCCUUCCCCCAGACCUCAGAAUUCUAUUUUUGACACAGAUGAAGAGAAAUCCAAGCUCUUGGCAAGGCUUUUGAAGAGCCACCACCCCGAGGACCUGCAGGCUGCCAACCGGCUGAUCAAGAGCAUGAUUAAGGAGGAACAAGAAAAGUCAGCUAAGGUGUCCAGAAGAGCAACCACCAUCAGUGAGGUUUCUGAGAAUGUUAAACGUAUGGACGAAUUACUGGAAAACUACAAGAGACAAGAAUUAUCCGGAUCUGACCAGGAGACACUCCAGACGCUGUUCCAACGCUGUGAGAAGCUCAGGCCACUGCUCUUUCGCCUUGCCAGUGAGACAGUUGAUGACGAUGAGGCUCUAGCGGAGGUUCUGCAGGCCAGUGAGCAGCUCUCGCAGGCGCUCGGGCAGUGCCGGCAGGCUGUGGCCGCCCACGGUCACGGCGGUGGAGGAGGUUCAGCCAUCAGCUCCACUGAGGCACCAGCGUGCCGGCCAGCCCCAAGGCGCGUGAAGAGCUACACACUGAUUGACUUCUCCGAGCUGGAGGCGACAUCCCACUCUCCUACAGACCAGUCUGCGAACGAAACCACCGCCUCCCGGCACGGCAGCACGACCUCCGCCUGCCUGCUGGACGAGGAGCUGGAGUCAUUGGGUCUCAGCAACUCUCCUGUUGUACAGAAACCACCACCUGAUUUUGGCUUAGCAGAGACUGCUGUGCACAACGGAUACGGUGAAAUCGUAGGUGCUGUCCAAGGGCUGGGGCUGCAGGAGCGCUGGGGAGACGGCUCUUCGGAGAAGAAUGGAUUUCAGGGCCUGGUUGAUCAGCUCUCUCCACCGUCUGGGACCAAGACACUGUCUUUGGAUUUGUCACCAAUGAAAUUGCCCUUUCCAGACCUUCCAGAUAGCUCAGUGGCAGAUACCUCACUCUCCAGCCUAGGCUACGAGCUGAAGCCUGCUGCUGCUUUGCAUCCAGCUUCCCAUGAUGCUUCUCUAGAAAACCUUUUUGUCCCUUUAAUUUCAAUUACACCGAGCAGUAUCUGUCCUCUUACUGUGUACGACAGGAAUGGAUUCAAGGCUAUGCUCCACUUCUCCAGAGACCCGGCUCCUGGCCGACCAGACGUGCUGGUGAUGGUUCUUUCCAUGCUGAGCACAUCAGCUCAAGCAAUUAAGGACAUAGUGUUCCAGGCAGCAGUCCCAAAGACCAUGAAAAUAAAGUUACAGCCAGCAUCUGGUUCUGAGCUUCCUGCCUUCAGCCCUCUUCUCCCGCCCGCCGUGGUGUCCCAGGUCCUGCUGCUCGCCAAUCCGCACAAGGAUCCCAUCCGACUGAGAUACAAACUGGUGUUCACACAGGGCGUGCAGCCCUUCAGCGAGGUGGGGGAGGUGACCGGCUUCCCCGCAGCAGAGCUCUGGGAAAAAAACAGGCGUGGACGUGUCCGUAUUGCCCGAGCGGUGGAUGGGGACGGACUGUGCGCCGGCGAUGCCGGCCUGGACUCC